AUGGCGUCACCUUCUCCGUCUCCAUCCACCGUCGGACGUAAAAGAUCCAAAAUUCUGAUCAAAGAGCCAUUAAAUCCGAGUUUCGCUGACCUUACAUCAUGCCUUUUGGAAGUAAUAAUGUCUCAUCUUGUGUUAAAAGAUAACAUCCGUGCAUCCGUUGCUUGCACGUCAUGGCUUGAAGCCGCAGUAUCGGUCUCAAACGACGUUUUCUUCUUCAAUCCGUUUUCUCGAGAGCUCAUAAGCUUGCCUAAAUGUGAGCUUCCUUUUUGGGAGAUUGCAUUCUCUUGUCCACCUACAUUGGAUACUUGUGUCUUGUUCGCGUUAAAUCGUGUUAUGACACAUAAUGUCACUCUCAGUACUUGUCGUCCUGGUGCAACUGAGUGGAUUACCGAGGAGUUUCCUUAUGAUUUCGAGGACUUGCCUAGUGAUUACGAUCAACGUUACAUGCAUAGUAAGCUUGUCUAUGUCAAUGACCGCUUCUAUUGCUAUAUCGCAGGAAGCUUGUAUUACUUUCACCAGUCUUUGCGCACAUGGAAUUUCCAUUAUGCGUAUACACUACCAUGCCCUUAUUUGCAUUAUAAGCAGCAAUGUGAGUUUGUGGAGAAAGCGGUUUUCUUGGCAGAGAAGGAAGGAGAGAUCUUUGUCGUGUUUACAAGCGGACAUGAGAAGCCAAUGGUCUAUAAACUAGGCUUUUUCGAAUGGGAAGAAAUGAGUAAACCUGAGCUUGACGGCUUGACAAUCUUUGUUAGUUUUUAUAACUCUGAGGUGAGAAGAGAUCUCCCAUGGAUGAGAAACAAUGUCUAUUUCUCAAGGUUUGGCUACAAUCGCAAGUAUUGUGUAUCCUACUCGUUUGAUGAAAGCAAGUACAUACCGCCUAAAGUAUGGCAAAAUUGGCUACAAUAUUGUCCUACUAAUAGCCUCUGGAUCGACCCACCCAAGAAUGUUUUGGACUACUUGUGA